AUGGCCGAUUACGGACUCAUAGGGUUCUUCGUGACCCUCCGGCUGUUAAUGGCGUGCCUUUCGCAAACUUGGCAUGUGCCCGAUGAGACGUGGCAAUCCGUGGAAAUUGCUCAUCGAAUGGUUUUUGGCUAUGGCUACGAAACCUGGGAAUGGACCGAAGGCAUCCGGAGUUAUUUGCACCCGCUCCUCUUUGUGCCCGGAUUGGCCUGGGUCCAGGCCUUGAAUUGGGACUCGACCCGAAUGGUUAUCCUAGUCCCGAGACUAACCCAAGGCCUGGUGAGUGUGAUUGGGGAUCUAUCAUUUGUGGCCACCGCCCAAAGACUGGCCUCUAGCUCUGAUAAGCUCCAAUGGAUGGUGUUUGUGUACAUAGGAAAUUGGUUCGUCAACUAUUGCUCAUCACGAACCUUGGUCAACACCUUGGAAAUGAACCUGACCUCAAUGGCUUUGUAUUUCUAUGCCAAAGUGCUCGAGGGUCGGUCCUUCAGUCGAUCGACCAAUUGGAGUUACUUGAUCCUCAUCUCGCUCAGCUUCCAAAUACGACCCACCACAGCCAUACUGUGGCUCCCUUUGGUCUUGCACCAUUGCUAUCGGGUACGUCGAAGACCUUGGAAAUUCGUGUCCACCAUGGUUCUUCCCGCGGUUUUGACUCUGACAUUGGCGAUGGGCAUAGAUUCCCUGGUGUACGGAAAGUGGACCAAUGUUCCCUGGAACUUCUUCCAACUGAACGUUCUCCAAGACAUUGGGUCGUUUUAUGGCACCCAUCCGUGGCAUUGGUAUAUCUCGCAGGGUCUCCCUGCCACCCUCACCCCAUUUAUUAUUCUCCCGUUUCUUUGGUCUCUCUUUCAAAGACGUUUGGAACCUCUGCCCGCCAAGCUCCGACCAUUGGGAAUGGCUGUAACCUUUGCCCUGAUCGUCUAUUCGCUCCUACCCCACAAAGAGUUCCGUUUCAUCCUCCCACUUAUUCCGAUCCUGAUCCUCCUCAUCGGAGAAACCCGAUCCUCUACCCGAAAUCCCUCGUUUGUGCGUAAAGCCAUGCCUGCCCUUUAUUUGUUAUCGAAUGUUCUGGCUGUGAUAGUGUUGUCUUUGUUGCACCAACGUGGGAACAUGACUGUGAUGUCCACUGUGCUAGCCGAUCCUCGAUCCGUUCCAAGUGGGUCCCAUGUCUUGUUCCUCAUGCCUUGCCAUGGGACGCCCUGGCAAAGCCAUUUGCAUCGAUCCGAUUUGGAACUCCGAUUCUUGACUUGUGAUCCGCCCUUGAAGAGAGAGCCAACCGAUGCAUUCCACCCGUACGUAGAUGAGGCUGACGAGUUCUUUCGCGAUCCAAAGAAAUGGCUGGAGAGGGAGAUUUUUCAUUCUGAAAACGCAUCAACCCCGAUCCCGUCUCACUUGGUGUUCUUCAAGGGAUUGUGGCCCGAGGUCAAAGCAUUGUUGGAUAAAAAGUCAUUUAAGCCAUGUGGAUCCUUCUUCCAUUCCUUGUAUUUUGAUGACAGUGUGAAAAUCAACGAAGUGUGGAUAUUUUGUCAAGGUGAAUAGAAACAUUCCCAGGAAA